UAACAAAUAAAUAGCGCAUCUGAAGCACUGGAUCAGUAUUACGUGAGCCUGCGAAAUUUAUAACGAAUAACAUCAUUAUCUGAGUACAUCGUGAAGUCAUGGUAGAACCAGCGCAGUACAGUUUAUUUGAUAAUGAAUGCAAAAAAAAUGUAUCAUCUUUACUCAAUGAGUUCGCAAAAGAACUAAAAAAUAUAUCUGGAAAAUGUAUGGAUAUCGGUUCUGGCCCCGGAGAUAUAACGAAGGAGAUUCUUCUUCCAUUUCUUGAUCCAAACGCGACAAUGAUUGGUAUAGAUAUUAUGGAGAAAAUGGUUAAAUAUGCGAACGAAACGUACGGUGAUGGCAAACGACUCAAAUUCGAAGUGUUGGAUAUUCAAACUAAAAAUUUGCCCGAGAAAUACAUUUCGAAAUUCGAUCAUAUAUUCUCAUUUCAUACUUUACAAUGGUGUAAUGACAUUCGCCAAACUUUUAAAAAUAUUUAUUGUAUGCUUCGACCUGGUAAAACUAUGCUUAUAUUAAGCAUAGCGCAUCACACAAUAUUUUAUGAAUCUCUGAAAGUUAUAAUGCAAGAUAUGCGAUUUGCAUCAUACAUGAAGGACAAAAAAAAAUAUGCUGGAUUUCACCAUUCAGUCCAACCUGAUAAAGAGCUGAAAGAAAUACUUGAAAAUAUCGGAUUUCAAGUUCAUCAUUGCAGCCAUCGAGAGAUAAAUAGUUUUCUGAGUGUAAAAAAGUUUGUACCCAUGGUUAUCUCACAGCACAGUUUUGCAUUUUUGGAGCAAUUGUCGCAUAAGCUAAGGAUCGAAUUCCAGAAUAAAUUUACACGUAUAUGCGAGGAAAUGCAAAAUAAAGAAUACACAAGUAAACAAACUAAUGAUAAGCUAUACGAUGAUGAGAAAAAGGAGGAUCCUUUUAAUUAUACUGUGCUAGUAAUUUAUGCACAGAAGAAUGUUUCAUAAUUGUAUCAGUCUAUGAUGGGAAUCAAUCUAUUAUGGAAGAAAAAAAAAUUAUUCACGACUAACCGUGCUGUAAACAUAAGGUUAUUUUUC